ACUUAAUAAAUUUAACGGAUCAAAUUGAUAUUCAUCCAUAUCAAACACACCAUUAUGGGUGCUUAUAUAGAUGUGUAGCCAAGACCCAUAAAAAACAAUUCAUGAAUAGUGCUUUAAUCCCAUUAAACAUUCCUUGCCAGAUACCCCACGAGUGGUUCACUGCUCCGCACUCUGUCAAAUUUCCAGCAGCGCAGGCCCCUCCCCCACCUGCCGCCAGUUGGAGCCCAAACCCACACCAGCUACCUCAUCCCCCUCUCUCCCUCAAUCAAUUACUUGCCCACCAAAUCCACAAGCUCAAGCUCUCUCUCUCUCUCUCUCUCUCUCUCUCUCUCUCUCUCUCUUCUCCUCUGCCCAGGCCCCCAUCGGCCAUCUCUGAAGAUUGAUGAACAGCUCGAACUAUGAGAUGAAAAGCAAAAUUGAGUUGUGGUAGAAUAUUGAUGCUUAUAUAAAGAGAAAUUUGGUCGAAACCCAGAUGGAGUUGUUGGAUUCUGCCGAUCAGAGCAGCAACAACAACAACAAAGGCAGUAGAAGCGCUAGCUCAGACCACCAUCCCCCCCAAAUCCAACCAGCUUCUCUGCAACUCGUCCCUUUCCCAACCCAAACACAAUUCCAUCCCCAACCCGCCGAUGGGUCCGGUUCGGCCCCAGCCGAUGGCCCAUCCGCCGCCCCCUCCACUUCAAUUUCAGUCCAGCCCAUUCUCCUCAACCCUUCUUCUUCAACCUCCAAGUCUUCCGCUCUCACCCCCAAGUCCACCAAAAGACCCUCCAAGGACCGCCACACCAAAGUCGACGGCCGCGGCCGCCGCAUCCGCAUGCCAGCAGCCUGCGCCGCUCGCGUCUUCCAGCUCACCAGAGAAUUGGGUCACAAGACCGACGGCGAAACCAUCGAGUGGCUUCUUCAGCAUGCCGAACCCUCGAUCGUCGCAGCCACCGGAACCGGCACGAUCCCGGCGAACUUCUCCACCCUCAGCGUCUCUCUCCGGAGCAGCGGGUCCACGAUUUCUCUGGGACCCUCUAAAUCAGCCUCCCAUUCUUUCUCUUUCUACGGCGAUGGUGGCGCCGCUGCCGUGCUCGGCCCUCAUUACGCGGCGAAUCCCCAUUUUCUCAUCCCAAAUCCGGCCGCUGAAGUACAGCUCGGCGAGAAUUAUCUGACGAGGAGCUUUAGAGAAGAUCUGUUCAAGCAAGAGCCCCAUCAGCAACGGCAGAGAGAACCGGGUCCUUCCUCUGAUAAAGCACCCGGAAACGAAAUUCCGGAUCAGGGAACGGGCGGUUCGGGCUCUGUAAGCGUUCCGGUUCGGUCACCGCCGAUCAUGCCAGUUCCGGCCAUGUGGGCAGUAGCGCCGGCCACUACCAACGGCGGAAACGCGUUCUGGAUGCUGCCCAUGACAGCGGCAGCUGCGGGCUCGGCGGUGACGGGCGCCCCCAGAGCCAGUUUGCCAGAAUUGUGGACGUUUCCGGGAGGAGCCGGCGGACAGAGAGUGUUAAACUUUUCGGGCGGCGGGCAUGAAGGGGGAAUGGGGCGGGUUGGAGCGGUUCAAUUCGCGGGGUUGGGGAUCUCAGAGGGUAUGUUUGCUUCCAUGAAUGCAUACAGCGGCAACAGUAGUCAUGAUCAGCCUCCAGCUAGUGACAGUGGAGACGAAAGUCCCGCUGAAUCCCAAUAGUAUGACUUCCUUCUUAGUAAAAUUAAUUAAUGCUUUUCUUUUAACCUUCAACUCUCUCUCUCUCUGUCUCUGUCUCUGUCCAGUCAUGGCUGCUUGCAGCGGUUGCUUUUGUUUUUUAUCUUCCCCCACGCUUCUUUUUUUUGGAUACGCUCCGGGUGUCCACGUCCGUUCUGACGGUCUUCUUUUGUUUGUCUCUUUGUGGCAGCCCCAAUUAUUGAUUUUUCGCAAUGGUAUUGAGAUUUUGCAUAAAUAAAUAAAUGUUGCAGUGAAAUUUCUGAUUAA